AUGGGCCUACCCAAAGUAAGAGGCUACUACCAAGCGGCUCAAAUAGCACCACUGUUGACAGCGUCGAACAACUGUAACCCAACAGCAUGGACCGAAAUAGAGAAGAACCAUGCAAAGGGACUUGCACUACCAACUCUGGCAUGGCUACCCAAAACCCACCGACCGAAAACCACAGAACUACUGCCUACUACUGCGCUAACCCUCUCAAUAUGGGACAACUAUAGAAAAAAGAUGGGAGCAACGACAACACUAGCCCCAGCAAUCCCUAUAGAAGCACUACGAUUAUUCAUCCCCGAUUUCAACUACAAGCUCUGGCAAAGACAUGGGGUGGAAACCGUGUCUCAACUACUACAGAACAACAAACUCAAGACAUUUUCAGACCUAGGAACAGAAUACACUCUGCCAUCCACAACAACCUUCUCUUAUCUCCAAAUACAGUCUUGGACGAACUCCCAACCGGCACAACCAGAAACACAGAUACCAGGCCCCCAUUGGUAUAAAAUAAUACAGAUAUGCACCAAAACCAAGCAGGCAAAGAAACUCAUAUCCUUGAUUUACACCUCCGAACAUACACAAUGCCGAAAACAACCACCCUCCUUCAAAUCAGCAUGGGAAAAGAACAUCGGACACCAGCUUACGGAAGAACAAUGGCAAGACAUCUACCAAGCCCACAAAUGA